AUGGCAGAUGCAGCUCCCAAAACCCAAACCAAAUCACCCUCUGAUCAUGGAAAUCAAAGUAAGUUUUUUCUAUACAAGGCUGGCCUUGUCACACUUGUCCUGGUUUUGGUCCCACUUUUCCCUUCUCUAGCUCCUGAUUUCUUCAGCCAAACCUUUCACUCAACAAGCUGGGAGCUUCUGCAGCUCAUUUUUGUGGGCAUCGCCGUUUCGUACGGGCUGUUCAGCAAGAAAAACGAUAUUGAGCCUCACAAAGACAACCACAAGGUUGAUAAUGCACAGCUAUAUUUGUCCAAGCUGCUGCAGGUUUCUUCUGUUUUCGACGAUGAAUCCGAAUCCGAUGCCGUGAUCGAGGAGAACAAGUUUCAAGCUUUGAAUUCUCAGUAUCAGAGAGGCGAGCCGGAUGUUGUAGUCAGGGAGCAAAACGACGCCGUUUCACAGAUCAGCCGGAAGCCUCUCCUUCUUCCCGUUAGAAGCUUGAACCACCCCCUUCCCAGCCCUAAUUCAAGAGCCGGAGAGGUGGAGAAGGAGGAGGAGGAGGAGAAGGUGGUGCUCCGAUCGCCUAUUCCAUGGCGAUCAAGGUCGGGGAGGAUGAAGAUGAAAGAGAAUGGUGAUGACGAAAUCACUUCUCCUUCAUUGGAUUUGAAGAGGAGUGAUCAAUCUAGAUCAUUUAGGGCAAACCCUAAUUCAUCACCGUCGUCGCCAUCUCUCUUAUAUGAAUCUGAAUCUGAAUCAAAGAGCGGAGAAGGUGCGGUGAGGAAGAAGAGCUUCGUCCCUCCCCCACCGGCUCCUCCGCCGCCGCCUUCGCCGGCGUUUCUGAGGAAGUCGGUGCUGAUGAAGGCGAAUUCGAGCAUUGGCAGCACCAAAACCGGGUUAGGCUCGGGCGAGAAGGCGGUGGAACGAAGCGCGAGGAGCGUUCGGAGUCAUGAGGAGAUGAUGAGAUCUGAUGAAGGAAUCUCAACAAGCGAAGGGGGAGAGGAGAGUGGGCCCGAUGUGGACAAGAAGGCCGACGAGUUUAUAGCGAAAUUCCGGGAGCAAAUACGGCAGCAGAGGAUAGAGACGAUCAGAAGAUCAGCGGCGCAGCGUGCGGGGAAGAAUACUAUGUAA